GCCGUUUGUCCAAUCAGCGUUCAGUUUGUCCCGACGUCCUGUGACACUGCGGAAGUGAAGACUUUAGGCUGUGUUUUCUUCCUUUCGAAUUCUCCUGGCUUCUGACAGGUGUCGCCAUGGCAAAGCAGCCGCUUGGGAAGACGCUGCUGAGGAAUGUAAUCCGACACACAGAUGCCCACAACAAGAUCCAAGAGGAGAUGGAGAUGUGGAAGAUGCGAGACUGGGAGAUCCAGGCAUCUGACCACAAACAUUUGCCCAGCACAGACAUUAUGAGAGGAGGAAUGCACUGCGAUCGAGUGUCCGGCCAUCCCAGAAACACGAGUGCCGGAAGAGAGCGAGCGUCGGAGCACGACGACAGAGAGGCUCGGUACUGGACACGCAGGCUCUACGAAUUUGAGGCCGGCGAUCCAGACAGGUGGGGGCACAGUGGCUUCAAGGAGCUCUAUCCUGAGGAGUUUGACACUGACAGUGACAAAAGUGUAACCAUAAAGAACAGACGCCACAAAAUGAAGAAAUCCAAGUCUGACACAGAAGCAUGUCUGUCAAAGAGGUCCAAAAAAUCAUCCCGAAGGAAGAAAAAGAAAAAGAAGAAGAAAGCCAAGUCUUCGAGCGAUGACAGUGGUACGGACGACAGAAGUGACACGAAAGACAAGCAAAGGAAAAAAAAUAGAGGCAAAGGUCGACACAAAAACAAGAAAAGUGUGAAAACCCAAAGGAGAGACGAGGACAGCAGCUCAGAAGAAAGCAACAGCGGAGGAAAAAAGGAGAGACGGACUAACAGUCGCAAAAAGCGAAAGCGCGACUCCCUCAAGGACUCGGACUCAGAAUUGGACUUGAAAAAGAAGAGGAGGAAAAACUGGAAGGAAGCGGGUGAGGAGAGCUCCAAUGAUGGCUCAAAUGACUGAGACGCAAACACACGUAGAGCUAACGACUAGGAGAUCACUGUUUUGAGUUCACGAGGGAGGCCUCAACCGUGGGGUCGUGUUGUGUUUUUACAGUGCACCAACAACCAUUGCUGAUGGUCCUUAGUCUGCCCCUUUUUAGGAUACAUAUCUGAGCUCACUUAGCAGGCUGCAUGAAAAACAAUGGAGCAGUUUCCACCGCCUAACGCAUCGGGAAUCCUACAAGACACAGCCUCAUUGAUCACCUGUUUCCUGCGUCACCUCAGGUUUUGGUCCUAAAAUUGUGACUUUUUUUAAAGUGUAUUUAAUAGAGUGAAAUUAUGCAAGUUCAA